UUUUCGUUUAGUAUUCAAGUUGGAUUCAAAAGGUUUAGAUUGACAGAUACGACAACAAUUGACACUCGACAAAAUGAAAUUGACAGUAAAUUAUCAACAGAGGAAAAUAUGACAGCAACAACAGCAACACCAACAACAAUAAUCAACUCUGAUGACAGUUUGACAGACGACACAACCGAGAUUCAAAGUACACCUGCUGAUAUAGAAUACAAUAAUUUUGAUAGAGGCUUAGAGUUAACUUCCGAGGCCUCUGAAGCUACGCAACUAUUGUUAGAAGAGAUGAAGGAAAGUACAACAACAGAAAGUCAAGAAAGCAUGAAAACUCCUUCAAGUGAAAGCACUUCACAAGUCGAAAAAGCAACAAUGUUAGGAACGACUGAUGAUAUUCAGGAAAUUCGAGAAGUGAAAAGCAACAAUCAAAUCGAAAGCUUCGUUGUUCCGAGGCAAGAAGAUGAAGAGAUGCUAGAGAUAAAAAAUCAAUUGACGACUUCUAAAACCAUUGUACAAACAAAUUCAAGUGAUGAAAAGAUCUCACCAAAUCCAAAAUUAAUCGAAAGAGCAGAAGCACUUAAACAGCUUCGAAGAAUUCUCAAAGCUCAUAUGGCUCGUAAGGUUCUCACACUUCUGAAUGAAUCGAAGAAGCGACAAGAUUCUCAAACUGAAGAGAUGAAAGCAAUGGCAUCAAACAUUGGUGAAGAAACUCUCCCAUCAAUCUCAGGCAGCGAAUGUGAAUGUGAAUGCGAACAAAAUGAUGAUGUCAAAACGAACGACGAUGACAAAGUGAUAGCUUUUAACGAGAACCUGCAGCGUUACGUUUAUACGGAUAAGAAAGAUUACGGGAUGUUGACUCACUCGAAAGAGGAUAAUAUGGAAGAAGCAUCGUCAGUUGAUGAAGCAAUUUACUUACCAAAUGAAGCAGAGUUUUCGUCAAUCUAUGAUUUUAGUUCCAAAAAACCUCAGAGAAAGGUCGAUGAAAGCUUAAGCUUCUCACCUCCUUGUGUUAGUUGUUCACUAGAAGGAUACGAGCAACUGUUGAACUAUUGAAAUCUUCGCUUUUUUGUAACUUUAAGUAUUAUCUCAAAUAACAUAAAUCUCAACGACUGAGAAACAAAAUUUAUUCGUUUAUUUUAAAAGAACCUGUCAAGUUUUAUCAUUUGAAAAAUGAAUUAUGAAUAUAACGUUUCCUGUUCAGAUUUCAUUGUUCAUCACAUGAAAAAUAGGUUUUUUCAAACUAUCAAAGCUCUUUUGAAGAAGAAACUUCGUGCUGCUCGAAGUGACAGAAAUAAAAUGUUGAACAUCGCUAAUUUUCUUAAAGUGCUUUUGUUCAUGCUAUUAUUAAGUGGAAUGGUUGGCAGCUCUCUGUAUAUUCUUUAAC